AUGACAGCGGCGUUUCCUUCACAUUCAGCACUUCGUGCAUUCAUCUUUCUUUUAGUCAUCACUUUGUUAAUCCUCUUAACAGAUCAUCAACGAUUGUUCGCUUCUCAAUUGACAAGUGACAGUGUCCAUGACAACCUUCUUCUCGCUUCAGGUACCGACACCACUGCUGACAACCAACGUCGACUCAUGGUUCAUGUGAAACUGAAGGAUCAUGUCUUGUUGACAAGCUCAGUUCUUGAAACUCUUGCAUCAUUGAUGAAAGUCAAAUCUUACAAACAACAUUUUCAAUUCUCCUCCACAGAGAGUCAACUCUUCACCACUCGUCUCUCUCCACAAUUCAUUCGUACUCAUCUCUCGAAUCAUCCCUUCAUUCAACAACAUGUCGAAUGGAUUAAACAAGUUCCAAAAGAGUAUAAAGUCAGUUUUCCACAAUUGACAUUGGAAUCUUUGAAAUUGCAUGGAGAGUUAAAGAUUUUGUUUGACGACGAGAACAAUAACGACGAGAACAAGGUAAAUCAUUUGUUAGAAAAGGUGAAUCGAGUGGCUAAUUUGAGAGAAUGGUUUCAUCAAGGCAUGCAACAAAUCCUCUCUCGUGAAUUACUUGCCUUGUCUCCUCCUCAUGUGGAAUCCAUCUUUUCGAGAAUGAAAAGUCUUAAUCUUGCAGAGACUUUUCGUUUCAGAAACGAAAUUCCAAACGAGUGGUGGACAUUGUUGAGUCAACACUCUCAAGAGGAUCACUCGAAUCCAAAUAUUCAUGAAUUCAAAUCAUGGCUUGAAAUCAAAUUGACGGAAUUCUUUGAUUUAAAGUUUGAAUUGAAUCCAGAUGGACAUUUACACAUUUCAUUGUUGAAUUUUGAUGAGCAGGUAUGGGAUCGUCUCGAACGAGAACAAUUCUCACAUCCAAGUGUUCUUCAAUUGGCGAGACGAGAGGAUUUACAAAACUUCUUUCAGUCCAUUCCAGAAUUAUCUGGAUUGUGGAAUUCCAUUUCGAAUCAAAUGGGUUCUCAAUUGUUGGAUCAUUUACUUGAUGAUCCUUCCGUUAAUUACAUUACAAGAAGUAUUCGAAUUGGUUUGGACAAUUUAGAAAUCAACAAAAUGGUUCAAAAUGGAGGUGGAAAUAAUCAUGCCUAUUUCUGGAAUUAUGGAAUUACAGGAGAAGGUGAAGUGCUUUCCUACACCGAUACAGGUAUAGAUCCUACUCAUUGUUUCUUUUCUGGAUUUAAUGAAUCGUACACCAAAGUGAAUUUAAACAAUCGAAAAAUUGUCUAUAUUGACACUCAGAAUGGUUUGGGUGAUUAUGAGGAUAAUCAGGGACAUGGAACUCAUGUCGCUGGUACUUUGGCAGGUAUUCCUUUCAAUCUCACUUCAAAUCCAUCUGUCAACACUGAAAUGGGUGUUGCCAUUGGAGCCAAACUCUAUGUGGUCGAUGGAAACAAAUCGGGAGGAGGAAUUUCCUUUAACAGUGUUUCGACCUAUCUUCAAAAUGCAUUCCAACGUGCCAACUCGUGCAUCUCCUCCAAUUCAUGGGGUUGCAUCCCCAAAUACUCAUGUACCUUUGACUGUAUCUGUCAACAAACACUAGCGAAUGGUGCCAAAGUUCCAAUUUCCGACAGUGAAUGCUUGGCAAACGACGGCAGAAGAUGUUGUGAAUACUGUAAUACGUAUGGAUAUUAUGGAUACGCUUUGGAUAGUUAUUUGGCAACACAGAAUGAUCAAGUGACCUUAUUUAGUAGUGCUGGAAAUGCAGCAAGUAUUGCCUUAUUAGGAACUAUUGGUGGUCUAGCACCUUCAAAGAAUGGCAUUGCUGUGGGAAGUAUGUACAAUAAGGAGAGCAUGUCUUCAUUUUCAAGUAGAGGCCCCACGGUCGAUGGAAGAAUUAAGCCAGACAUUGUCACUCCCGGAGAGGGAAUUCCAUCUUCAAAAGCCAACAGUGGAUGUUCACUGAUUACCAUGUCCGGAACUUCCAUGUCGUGUCCUGCUGCUGCUGGAUCUGCCGGUUUGAUUCGACACUAUUUCAAUAAGAAUAACCAACAAAAGUUGAAAGAACUUGAAAUUGGAAACAAAACACAAAGUGGAUCGACCUUGUCGGGAACUCUUGUGAAGGCCAUGAUUAUUCACUCGGGAGAACAAAUGAUUGGAAGUGCUGCCAAUUUAGGAAAACCUCUCAGUCAAUUGCCAAUUCCAAAUAAUUUCUUUGGAUUUGGAAGAGUGAAUUUGCAAAAUGUGUUAAAGAUUGAUGAAGAUCCAUUUUCUGUGAGUCGAAUUGGAAAUUUGAGAAUUGUGAAUCGAAUGUAUUUGGAUGUUUUAGAUUCUGUGAAUUUCCAAUUUCAAACAGCAAGUACGACAACAACUGUCAAAGUAACCAUUGCUUGGUAUGAUUUACCAUCAAGCCCAACUGAGAAGGAUUCCGUGAAAAAAUUGAUUAAUGAUUUGGAUCUUAUGGUCACUGUCCAAAAUUCAACUUCGAAUAUGGUGAAUACUUUUUAUGGUAAUGGAGAGUUGACCAAUAACUCUGGUUACGAUUCAGUGAAUACUGUUGAGAGUGUUACUAUCACGUCUAUUCCAAUUGGAAGCUUUGUGAAUAUUACUGUUUCUGCCAAAUCCACCAAUAAGGGCAAACAAGCUUUCAGUAUGGUCGUGACAGGUGGCAUUUACUUGAUCCAACCAAUCACCACAAAUUUCGUGAAUCCUCCUCCUCAACCAAAUCCAAAUCCAGGUACAAAUACAAGUCCAAAAGCAAGUCCAAAAACAAGUACUGCCAGAGCUCAACAUGCGACUCAUGUGAAACCCAUGUACUGGAUGAUUGUCAUGAUCAUGAUUGUUGUAUUGAAGAUGGUCAUGAUGAUGAAUAAAUAA